AUGCUCCCCGAGUCAAAGAGCUACCUCAAGCGUGACGGCUGGUCCGACCAACCUGCCGGGCUGAUCAUGAUGGUGGGCUUCAUCGCCGGCUUCUUCGGUAUACAGACCAUAUCCCGCCUCUUGCACAGGUAUAUACCCUCUCACGUCGUCGACUGCACCCACAGCCAUGCCGCCCAGAGCCACAACCACGGCCACGGCGAACCGACGGUGAAGGAUACGGUGCCGUCGAGCGAGCGGAGCAGGACUCUCUCCCGACCUAGUCGUCCCCGCCACAGGAGAGGGCACCCCUCCAACAACGGCAGCAUCCAUCAGUCCGUCGAGUCGACACCCCUGCUGGGCAACGGGUCCGCGACGACCCGCAACAACAGCCGCCCGGGAACCUCGCACAUGCACAUGCCGCCGACGCCCUCGACGAGUACCGGCGUGCUGCCCACGGCCGAGCUGCUCUCCGACGCUGAUAGGCGGCCGUCUAUGUUGCUGAUGCAGAGCCGUGUCAUGUCGUUUGUCAAGGACACCAAGAGCAACUGCGACGCCCAGGGGUCGUGUUACGGCUUCACAGAUCCGUGCGGCCAGGAAUGUUACAAGCACCUCCACGGGCCGCGACACGAGCAGACGACCGUUCUCCGAUCGGGGCUGGAGCAGCAGUGCGAUGCUGGCGCUGGCGCUGGCGCCGGCGCUGGCACAGGCGACAACAACUCCGUCUUCUGCACCAGCCGAGCAACCUCACGGGAUCCCUUGGAAGGGACGGGUGCGCAGAGCCGCUACGCCGAUGAGGACGACAGCUCCUUCAGCAGCUCAUCGUAUCUCAGAGGUGACGACGGCCGCGACGACGACCACCACCACAGCCACGACGACCAGGACCCUGAAUCCCAGCACCACCACCACGUCCCCACAAACGCCUUCCUCUCCAUCGGUCUGCAGACGUCCAUGGCCAUCGCCCUGCACAAGCUCCCCGAGGGCUUCAUCACGUACGCGACCAACCACGCCAACCCUUCGCUGGGCUUCAACGUCUUCAUGGCCCUCUUCAUCCACAACAUCUCCGAGGGCUUCGCCAUGGCUCUGCCGCUGUACAUGGCCCUGAGGUCCCGGUGGCGCGCCAUGCUCUGGUCCACCCUGCUGGGCGGCCUGUCCCAGCCGUUUGGCGCCGGCCUGGCCGCCCUGUGGUUCCGCUUCGCAACCCGGCACGCCGAGCCGGACCCCGUGGUGUACGCCUGCCUCUUCGCCGUGACGGCGGGCAUCAUGGUCAGCGUGGCCCUGCAGCUGUUUAUCGAGAGUCUGAGCCUCAACCACGACAGGAACCUGUGCAGCUUUUUUGGGUUUCUCGGAAUGGUGCUUUUGGGUGUCAGUAAUGCCUUGUUUAGCAGCCAUUAA